AUCCAUGCUGGGAUUUAAUCACAUUUCACCCGUCACGACCGGCGACGACUACUUCCUCAAAGAUAUCGGAAGGUUCGGCAGACUUGAUCCCUAAGAAAACAAAGUGAUUUUCCCGGGGACCAUUAAUUGUUAAGCCGUGGAAGGUAUCAAAGGUCCGAGCGUGCUCACCAGCUCAUACCGAUUAGCCCCGAUGGAACAAUCAUUGCAUUCGGCUCGAGCGAAUUUCGUCGACGCACGUUCUGUAACAGAACGUUUUCCGGUAUCAGAAUACUACGAAGAACUGGAUUACUACAAAAAACGAGAGUUGGCUCAACAAAUUACUCGCGCGACAGAGCCCAUGCAAUUGGCGGCCGUUGACUUGCUCCGAACGAAUCGUCCUGAUUUGAUAGCUGAUGAAAAUGGAAAUAUAGAACUUGACAUCGACACUCUGGAUGAGCGCACUCUAUACAAACUAUAUCAACUCCUUUGCGCCCCUUCCUUUCAAUCUAGCCAACCCGCGCGAGUCUACUACCAAACACUGAAUUUCGAGCAAAAGCGAGAGUUGUCUAUGCGGCUCCUUAACGCAACGGAGUCUGUCAAAACAGCUGGCAUUAACCUGAUCCGAAACAUGCGCCCUGACUUGGCCACUGUCGGCAAUGAGGACACGGUGAUUGACGUCGAAAUCCUCGACGAUUAUACUACAUACCACUUAUAUCAAAUCUUCUACGGCCCUCCCUCACAAUCUGCGAAACCCGAGCGCCCCAAGCUGGCCGCUGCCAGAAGAAACCGCCGAGAUGGUGAGUAGGGGUGGGUGGGUGGGCUCUUGUACUUCUUUCCCUGCCGAACUCCAUGUCUUCUUGAUUACGCCAAUCUCGCAACCCUCCAGUCUGUAAGCCGCUAAGCUGCAAUCCCAAGAAACUUUGGGCUACAGCACACUCCUCCCAAGCGUAGUACCUACAAAUGUGAGACCUUGCCAUGUGGGAUAAACUCAUUCAAUUUGUUGGGAUUCU